AUGGAUCAACAUACCAAAUGGCCUUACGAGGGUGGACCAAGCGGUCACUGGAGGAAGGAUAUCGAGCUAUCUGUCACGGUUCAGCAAUCUUAUGCUCUCUUCUUUCUGCUCAUUAUGAUAGUGGGCGAGUGCCUGUUUGUUCCUCAAGCAUGGCCCCAAAUCGGAGCCACUACAAAAGUCGUUGUCGUUAUUAGCAUUUCUCUCCCUUACAUCUUCCUCUAUUUGGCAUGCGCUGUUGACCCAGGCUAUAUCACACCUGAGAAUCACGCAUACCACAUGUCGCUGUACCCUUACGAUCACACUGUGUUCCAUCCGGGGCAUAUGUGUAAAACAUGUGGAUUCCUCAAGCCUCCUCGCUCCAAGCACUGUAGUCUUUGCAAGCGCUGCAUUGCCAAGGCUGAUCACCACUGUGUCUUCAUAAACUCAUGUGUUGGUUACGGGAAUCAGCACUGGUUUAUCCUGCUGCUAGCAUCUACCUCUUUUCUGUGCACUUAUGGUGGCAUCCUGGGAAUGUCCCUCAUCACAGUUCGGGUACAGAGAUAUAUCCCUGGCUGGUCCGUAUGGAAACCUAGCCACAUGACCAUCAAUAAGUAUUUGGCCGGUUGGGGAUGGGGAAUUGAAGACAACGUCAACAUGGGAGCCUCGUCGCUCCUUGCAGCUCUUACCUCUCCGCUCGUUUGGGGACUUUUCUUUUACACCCUCUACCUUGUCUACUGCGGCACCACAACGAACGAGACCCUCAAGUGGUCAGACUGGAAGGAAGAAAUGCGCGAAGGCUUUGCAUUCCGUCGAUCUAUGUCUGCAUUUCGUCCGAGGAACGAACAAGUUGAGCCCCCUUGUCCGCGUUGGCCCCUCGAGGUCAAGCAGAUCAUCGUCACCACACAGGAUGGUCAGCCUCCGAAGAACGACCGUCUUCCGGGAGAAGGCCAGUGGGAGCGAGUAUGGAAUCUGAGUGACGUCGAGAACUUGUACGACAUGGGAUUCUGGGAUAAUAUGGUCGACGUUUUUGUGCCCGAUUAUACGUAUGGGCAAAAUAUUGAUGAGCCCAAUGCAGAAAGACGUCGAAGGAGAUGA